AAAUAAAAGAAGAAGAAGAAGAAGAAGUCGGAGCAGGAUGCCGGUGUGUUCCAGGACUUGGGCAUUGGCUCUCGUUACCUUGGAGUUUCUUUGCCAAAGGAGACAGCUCGUCCUCCAGUCCGGCAAGCCAGCGUAUCAUUCACACUGCAUUAGUGUUUUGCAGAAAAACGUAUCGUUGAGCCGUGUAAUAAAUCCAUUUAUAACACCGGGAACAGACUACAACACUACUUCCAGAUUCGGUUACAUUUUUGACGGAAAAAUCAGCAUGUCGUCCACUACAAUGUACCAGAGAAUGGUUUGGGUGGACCUGGAGAUGACAGGUCUGGACAUUGAGAAGGACCAGAUCAUUGAAAUGGCAUGCAUUAUCACAGACUCUGACCUGAACAUUUUGGCUGAGGGGCCCAACUUGAUAAUUAACCAGCCAGAGAAGCUGCUGGAAGGGAUGUCGGAGUGGUGUAAAGAACAUCAUGGAAAGUCAGGACUGACCCAGGCUGUACGAGACAGUAAAAUCACCCUGGAACAAGCAGAGUAUGAGUUCCUGUCCUUCGUCAGACAGCACACUCCGCCUGGACAGUGUCCCCUUGCUGGUAACUCUGUGCAUGCGGACAAGAGGUUCCUAGACAAGUACAUGCCCCAGUUUAUGUACCACCUUCACUACAGAAUCAUUGAUGUUAGCACCAUCAAGGAGCUUUGCAGAAGGUGGUUUCCAGAGGAAUACAAGAUGGUGCCUCACAAGAAAGCAACCCACAGAGCCUUGGACGACAUCCGGGAGAGCAUUAAAGAGCUGCAAUACUACAGAGCCAAUGUCUUCAAAGUCUCAACAGAGGAAAAGAAGCGCAAAAUUGUAGAAAAUGGAGGCGGCAACAAUAGUUAGAGCGCAUGAGUGAGACUAUGGAGCUUUCAGUGUUACCGCACCAUCAUUCAGUGUGAUUGUCGUUAUUGAUUUUAGUUUGUUCAUAUUUAGCUGCCCAAUGAUCCUUUGUUUCAGUAUUGUUUAAUGUAGAGGUUUCAUCAAAGGGAGCAAGAUUCUAGUAACAGUUUAUUCAGAAGAAGUCUAUUUUUCCAUGUUUAAAGGAGGAAAAUUUGAAAGUGAUCGUUGGUGGUUUGCAGUUUUGUAUUUAUUUAGACAUCUUUAGUCUGGGAUUGACCCUCAUUUCCACUUGUUUUUAAAAUGAAACCAAAUAAACUAUGGUCCCUGAGGAAACAG